CUUGCCCGUUCGGUGUCUUUCCUCUGCCACCUCGCUGAUCCCAAGCCCACUCCUUCCCGGGACAAUAUAAGGACCCCCCAUCCUCCUCUCUCCCCAUGCCAUCAGCCCAAUCUAACCCAUGCCAUCAGCCCUUGAACCCAAACCCUCCUCCUCUCUCCCCAUUGUGGAUCAAUAUUGGAUGGUUGGUGCUGUUCCUAUGGGACCUGAAGAAAAGAAGCACAAGAAGUACUGCCCUCUGAGGAGGUCCAGGAAAGGCUGUAUGAAAGGCAAGGGCGGGCCUGAGAACCAGGCCUGCGCCUUCAGAGGCGUCAGGCAGCGGACCUGGGGGAAGUGGGUCGCCGAGAUCCGCGAGCCCAACCGUGGGGCCCGCCUCUGGCUUGGGACCUUCAACACCUCCCUCGAGGCCGCCCAGGCCUAUGAUGCCGCCGCCCGCGGCCUCUACGGCGACUGCGCGCGGCUCAACUUGCCUAACUCGUCCUCAGUGGGAUCGGCAUCGGUCAAGUCGGAGAUCUCGUGCUCUCCGAGCGCGUCAGCCCGCACGAAUACCAGCGAAUCGAGGGUGAGCUUCCCCGAUAGCAGUAUAGAGUCACCUACCUAUUUCUAUGGCGGCGGCGGCGGCGGCGGCCUUGAUGAUUUAGAUGAUUAUGUCACGAGGUUACCGAAGGCUGAGGAUUUUGGGUUGGAGGCCUUCCAGGAUGUGCCGAUGUUCGACGAUGUCGGAUACUCGAGUCUAGUAUUUGAUGAAGAGCUGAUGGGCUUUGAUGCCUUGCAGUCGUCUUGGUGUCCGUUAGCAGAUUGAUGGAUGGUAGAUAGUGUGUUUGUGCGUGUGCAUCUGUGAACCUUUGUGGAUUUGCGUGUGCGUGUGCGUGUGCGUGUGCGCGUGUGUAUAUAUAUAUAUAGCCUGUAGAAUGAUGCAAUUAAGCGUGUUUGUGUUGUAUAGGGUCACCAGCAUCCCCUCUUUUAUCCGGUGAUGCGCUUCGGUGCUAUUUCGUGUAAUGGAUAUAUGGAUGGAUGUGGAUGGAUACAGUCUAUUUCUUUUUUAAAUAAUAUAUUCCUCUUUCAUGAGCUUUGUU